AUGGUCGGUUACCAUCCGGAGGCUAUAAAUGAGCCGCUCACCUCCGCCGAAUAUAGUGAGGCUGGACUUGCCAGUGGAAUUGUAACUCGGAUGAUUAUUCAGCCACUCGAUGUCCUUAAAAUUAGAUUUCAACUCCAGGAGGAGCCGAUUCGUGGCAGAAAGUCGGGAAAAUAUAAGGGGGUCAUGCAGUCGGUGUUUCUAAUUACACGAGAGGAAGGCGCGAAAGCGUUUUGGAAAGGACAUAUACCAGCACAGGGAUUAUCUGCAACAUAUGGUCUGGUUCAAUUUUCAUCUUUCGAAUGGCUUUCACGACAAGCAGCGAAAAUUGUUCCGUCCGACGAUCAAAGCAUCCGAUCUACAUCUGAUUUCAUGUGCGGAGCUCUUAGCGGAUGCCUUGCAAUGACAGCUGCAAUGCCAUUAGACGUAAUUCGAACUAGAUUAGUUGCGCAAAAAUCUGGACAUGCAGUAUAUACUGGAACUAUGCACGCAGUGAAACACAUCUGGGAGAAGGAAGGGAUACCUGGAUAUUUCCGGGGUUGGAUUCCCAGUGUUGUGCAAAUCGCCCCAUUCACGGGAAUGCAGUUCGCCCUUUAUAACUGUUUCAUGGAUCUUUGGCCUUUCACAGGAUAUGAAUCAACUGGUGCUCUUUUAAGUGGAGCAAUGGCCGGAACUGUUGCUAAAACGGUACUCUAUCCCUUGGAUAUGGUCCGGCAUCGAUUACAAAUGAACGGAUUCGAAAGAGCGGGUUUCGGAAAAACGAGUAACUACAGUCAAGGCCUUUUCAAAACGAUUGUGAUGGUAGUGAAACAUGAGAGUUGGUAUGGACUCUUCAAAGGAUUAUGGCCUAGUCAAAUAAAAGCAGCAGCAAACUCAGGAUGUAGAAUAGUUUCAAUUCAUGCUGCGUCUUGCACUGUCAGCAAGCUUGUUUUUGGAACUGCAGCUGAUCGAACAUCGAGCUCUCGACUUUUUAUAGGAGGUGUUCUGUUAUGCUGUACUUCAUCAAUAUGUCUAGCAUUUGCGAGUGCUGUAUGGCAAAUUGAACUUGUUAUGGCUAUGAUUGGAGGUGUCCAAGGCGCUGGAUGGGUACCAGCAACUAAAUUGAUAGCAUCGUGGUUCGAUGAUUCUUCAUACGCUACAAUGUUCUCUCUUCUUGGCUGUGGAAGUACAUUUGCAGGAAUGAUACUUCCACUUUCAAAAUCGUUUUAUUGGAGAACACUUGAAUUCAACACUGGCUUUUUGGUACUUGUAUCCGCUUUAACUUGCAAGAAAUGGAUAAUAACUGAAGACGCAAUAAGGAAAGAAGUAAAGCCAAUCAAGAAAAGUGAAUUGGAAGAAGGCGAUGCGACUAAACUUACUUCGAUUGUGAAGAGUCCGGUUAUCUGGCAUAUUGCGAUUGUCUACUUCUUCUCGAUGGAAUUAAGAACUAUAUGCGAAACAUGGGCUCCACUGUAUCUAACUGAGAAAAACAUUUCUCCAACCACAUUCCAAUUUCUUUAUGAACUGGGUGGACUCAUUGGAAUAGUGACAAGUGGAGUGAUGCUGGAUAAACUUGGAGAAAAGUUUGGGGUCGACCCAUCCAGAAGGAUUCUUGGAGUGAUAUACACUACACUAAUGUUACUUGUGGCAAUCGGAGUUUUUGAAUUCGAAAAGUCUUCAACGAUUAUUAGUUUCUUCACUGGUUUCUUCGUUAAUGGAUCAUUCAACAUAUGGUGUCUUAUUGGAUCACAGGCUGGAACACGAACUGUAGCAGGAACAUGUUCUGCUUUUAUCAGUUUCAUUGCCUCAGUUGGUGCCAUAUUCGCUGGAUCACCUCUCGCGUAUCUCAUUGAUAUAUUCUCAUAUCAGGUGUUUACAGUGAUCUUCGUCACUCAAGCUAUUUUGAUUCUCUCCAUUUCCACUCUACGAAUUCCCCUGCGGAUGACGACAGAAAAGAGGAAAUCAGACUAG